UCUCUCGCUCCUGUAUGUUUCAUUCCGAAUGUUGCACAAACAAAUUUUUCGAGCCAAUUUCGGGUUUCUAGCGUGUAUGUGAUCCUGUUCCUCAUUAAGAUCGUAGUCGUAGCGUGGGUUUGUGGGACUGUAUCGCUUCUUUCGGAACAAUCGACGGCCUCCGCCGGACGAACGAUGUGUUACUGCCGAUAUCGAAAACGAUCGCCAAGUUUGUUUUAACCUGUGCUUCAGUUUUAGUUGUGUCUCGGAUGCAGUGUUGAGGGUGUAUAAGUGUGUUUUGUAAGAUAUUUUCUGAUCUGUGCGUAGUGAUGGACAUGCCUGAAUACCGCCGUCUGACUUCUAGUGUUAAAAAAAAGAUACCUUCGCUGGUUGAACUGUUGAGAGAAACGAGCGGUUCCAUUUGCUUGAUGCGAUAACGUUUUAGAUGCAUCUAAGCUCAGUGCAAGUGGUGUGCGCGGCUCUGGUGACGCUGGCGGUGGGCGCGGCGGCGGCGCCCCCGGCGGCGGCGCCGCACCACGUCGCGAGGCGCUCCUUUUUCAACCUACAGUGCAAAGGCGUUUACGACGCAGCCAUAUUCGCCCGCCUUGACAGAAUCUGCGACGACUGUUACAACCUCUUUAGGGAGCCACAACUCUAUACUCUAUGCAGGCAAGAUUGCUUUACGACAGACUACUUCAAAGGGUGCGUCGAGGUGUUGCAAGAGACGGAUCAGCUAGAACUAUUCAAGACUUAUAUAAAACAAUUACACGGGGCCGAUCCAGGGAUUUAGGGCAAAAUGCUUUACUACACCCUAUUUCAAGGGUUGCAUGGAGUCUUUGUACCUCUACGACGAGGAGGAACAGAUAGAUCAAAUGAUCGACUUCGUCGGGAAACGCUAAUGCAUACAGCCAGCCCAUUUCGCGCCAACUCUUGACACACGACGCCAUCUUGGUAUAACCCAACCAAGUGAAAACGCCACCACAGUAUAAUAACAACGUAUUAUUGCAACGGUAAACACAACUGCACCGCUUUGCCAACAAAAAGCAUAAACAAAUGUCAAGUUCCUCCAGUUGACGUUUGCUUGCUAUCCUCAACGUAUUCUAGUCUUCGAAGCGACAUAAAUUAAUUUAUGUUUGCAACUAAUUGUAAUGUUAUUAUUAAUGUGUAUACAAUUUUAAGGACUUUAUUAGUGUAUUUUAAAAAAAUAUACAUUUUGUGUUAUUAGAUACGUGUCGUAAGCUCGACAUAUGAGUGUAUAUUACAUUAUACGUAAACUGUUUAUUGGUACACCUCCUAGAUAUUAAAAAUAUAAAUGGAGAGGCAGAUAUAUUGUUCUGGUUCGAUGCUGGUCAUCUAUACGUGUUUCAAGAUGCCUGCCUUUCAUUAUUGUCAAUAUAACUCCGACUGACUUUGUCAAUUUCAAUGGUCAUUGCAUUCCAAUCACAGUAUUUAUAAAUGACAUACGCUUCUUUUGUUCUAAAUUUUCUCUUCUAUCUUAUUGUUUGCAUUAUUGAGUAUUAUGUACAGUAUGAGUUAUAAUUAUUUAAUAUAAGGCUAACUGUAGUUAGAAACUUGUAAAUCACAUAAGUGGCUUAUACUUUACCGUCUAUAAAUCCAAUUAGGUUAUAUUUUUAAUACAUUGCAACUGUGUUUAUGUCAAUCAGUGGACGUCCAUGGGCUGGUGAUGGAAGCAUCGAGAGCGACACGAUGAUGAUGAUGGUGACGACCACAGUUUAUGUCUGUAAUUUAUUUUCUACAUUAAUUUAUAUUAGUACCUAGUAACAAUUUUAGACAUGAUUUUUAUAAUUUAAAAUUUAGGCCAUGCCUUGUUACAAUUACAACUUAAAGAACAUGUAAGUUUGAUCGUAUACUGUAUAUUGAUUUAAUUUAACUAGUUUAUAAGUAUUUAAAAAGAUUUAUUUUUAUAUGCAUCCAAUCUAUUUAUUGUUUGUUACUUGGAAAUGUUUAUAGUCAGAAAUUACCAGUGAUUAUGGACUCUACUCGCAUAUCAGAUUUGUAUGUAUAAGUUGCGGUUUAUACUUAUUUAACGGUUUAAUUAUAUCUGCAGACAGCUUUCUCUGUAUCAGAAUCUCACAUUUAGUUUUUAGCGUUUCUUACAUCACAAUUUUAAUAAACAAACAUACCAUAGAGUCUAUUAUAUAUAUUUUUAAUGGUGCCAAUAGUGUCAAAGUGACACUUGAUGUAUUAGAUAUUGUAUAAUGCUUUUGAAUUUGUAGAAAAAUGAAUAUUGUUGUGUAAAUUGAGAUUAGUAAAAUAUUAACCUAUUUGUAUACAUUUUUUUAAAAACAGCUAAGAAACGCUACG